CAACAACAGCAACAACAGCAACAGCAACAACAACAGCAGCAGCAACAACAGCACAGGCGACGGCAGCAGCAGCUGGAAACAAAUCUAGCUAAAAAGAGCAAGAGCGAGAGUAAGAGUAAGAGAAUAAGUGAGAGAGAUAGAGAGAGAGAGAGAAAGAAAGAGAAAGAGAGAGAGAGAGAGGCGGGUGUUCGUGGGUGUGGGUGUGAAUACUGUGGUUGAAAGCAUGCCAAAUGGAAAUGAGAAGCGCGCGAAGUGGCGGCAACUUUUCCACUGAAUUGAUUCGAGCAGAAGUCACAGGAUACGCGGUGUAGAUAGCAGCAACAAUUUGCAUAAUUUUCAGCAGCGGACACGCCAGCAACAUAAGCAGCAGCAGCAGCCAAGGGCAUAAAAAGGCGCCAAAACAAUACAAAUACAAGUAAUAAAUAAAUGAAAAAUAGCAGAAAAAAAAACAUAAUAGACAAUGUAAGCAACGGUACUCAAAAUUCAUAAAAAUAAAAAUAAAAAUAAAUCAACACACAAAAUACGUCGAAGCCAACGAAAACGCGCGCAAAACGCGAGUGUAACGCGCGUGAAACUCUACAAAGCAAAACAAAAAACAACAAACGGAACAACAACAACAAAACGGCCGCAAAGUUUGCCUAUAAAUGUACCAGGACAGCAGCUGCAGCAGCAGUAGUCGACGUGGCAGUGCAGCAACAGCAACAACAACAGCAGCAGCGGCAGCAUCAGCAGCAGCAGCAGCAGCGACGGCAGAAACUGGGGACGAGGACACGUUCGAGGCGCUGACAAUAAUAACAACAACAACCAUAACAACGACAGCUGAUGCUAAAGUUGGCGCUGCCGAGGCAACAACAACAACAACAACAACCACCACAUUGAUAACAGCAGCAACAAGCGCCGCAGCAACAACAGCAGCAACAGCAACAUCAGCAACAGCAACAACAGCAACGAGCGCAGCAAUCGACAGCGCAGCCAGCAGCAACAACAGCGACGACGACGACGACGACGACGUCUACACCGACGCCGACUUAGAUAUUGAGUGCACCACUGCGCACGGCUCCCGCUUGCCAUCCUCAAACCUAAGCAACAGCAGCAGCAGCUGCGGACAUGCCGCGCUGUUCUGCGACGCACGACGACAACAACAGCAGCAACAGCAGCUACAACAGCAGCAGCAACAGCAGCAGCAACAGCAGCAGCAACAGCAGCAGCAACAGCAGCAGCAACAGCAACGGCAGCAACAGUUGCAGCUGCAACAAACGCAACGCGCCGCCGCUGCCCUAAACGCCGAUGUACGGCUGCUGCGCAAAAUUGGAUAUAUUGCAUCCCGGGUGCGCUGCCUGGCCAAGUAUUACGGCGACUUUCGCCUGGUCAAUCCGUACAGUGCACAGCGGCAGCGACGCCAGCUGCAGGAGAUAUUGCUAAAGCACUCGAUAUUCGUUCCGGGACGCGAGCGCGAACGGGCGCUGUUGCUGGCCGCGGCAGCGGCGGCCGUUGGCGCAGCCACAGCAGCAACUGCAACAACAACAACAACAGCAACAGCAACAGCGGCAAUUGUGAGUCGCAGUCAGAGCUGCAGCAGCAGCUGCUUUGAGCCGGAGCAACAGGACGAGGCAGAGCAGCUACAUCUACAACAGCAGCAGGCAUACGAAUCGGAGCUAGAUCCAGAUUUCGCUGAGGAGGACGAGGAGCUGGCAUUUGUCACAGCGACAGCAACAACAGCAACCACAACCACAACCACAACAACAGCAACAGCGACAGCAACAGUGCGACGCAAGUCUUCAGCAAGCAGCACAGCUAGUGGUGCAGCAACGGCAACGGCAACCGCUACCGCAACGGCAACAGCAAGCGCAUCCGCCAGCGGAUCGAGCAGCACAUCUGCAUCGCUCUUAACGGCAGCCACGCCCAUAGCGCUGCUGGAGGAGCUGCUUGUGCAGUUGUACGAGGAUCAGGAUCAGUGUGGCAGCAAGCUGACUGUCAUACGCAGACGAAUCGCCUGCACUGACAACCUAAACAACCUUAACAACAACAACAACGACAACAAUAACAGCAGCAGCAGCAGCAACAACAACAGCAACAGUAACACAGCUGCCAGCGCGGCAGCAACUGUUGCCGGCGAUAUUGCUGUUGUGCUGCCCACCAGCAGCAGCAGCACCGGCGUCGGCGUUCCUAGUCAGCACCAGGCACGCGCCUAUCUGCAGCCCUCGCUGGAUGCCGAUAACCCGCGUCGGCGUCGCGCCAGCGACUGCUCAGCGGUGCAGGCCGCAGCCGCACUCUCCAAUCAACUGCACUGCAUCACGCUGAAGAACAACAAUUGCACAGCGGCCGCGGCAACAGCCGGCAAGCUGCCCUUUCAUCGCGGCAGCUGCGGCGCCGCUGGUGAGCAUCUUCUGGCCGCCAAUUCAAUUGCAAAUCGCGCCACCAUUAUUCUGAGCAAGUCCUGCAGCAAUGUGGACGGCGAUGUCAGCCUGACGACAACCGUCGGCAACAAGCUGCGCGCCAGCGCCACCGACAUUGAAAGCAACUCGAAUGCGCUGAACGGUGGCCGCAUGGAAGCUAUGCAGGCCAUUGCCGAUGCGGCAUCUAACAAUGGCAACAAUGAGUACAGCAUUCUCCAGUUGAACAAUACGAUCAUCCAGUGUCAUUUCAAUGAUGAUGAUUUUCGCGCCCUUGUCAAGGAUCUCAAGCGCAAGGUUGAGUACACGGAGCGCAUGAAUUGGCUAUGUCUCUCCAAUCGGCCAUUGGGCCCGCCACAUCGCAAGAGCAGUCUACCAAAGCAUCAGGAAGUGAAGCGUCGCUUCCUGGAAAUUUGUGAUACUAACUUUUCGGAUGAGGUGAAGGCGGCCCUGCGUCUGCCGGCCUUCGAUUCGUAUGAAUGGGGCGAUGCAGAUGUCAUACACCUAAUGCAGACCAUGUUCCUCGAGCUUGGCUUCGUUGAGAAGUUUAGCAUACCCGUCGAUACGCUGCGCGAAUGGCUCUAUGAGGUCUACAAGCACUACAAUGAGGUGCCAUUUCAUAAUUUCCGGCAUUGUUUCUGUGUCGCCCAAAUGAUGUACGCGAUUACACGUCAAGCGAAUUUACUGAACCGUCUGGGCGAUCUGGAAUGCCUCAUAUUGCUCGUGUCCUGCAUUUGCCAUGACCUCGAUCAUCCUGGGUAUAACAACAUCUAUCAGAUCAAUGCACGCACCGAACUGGCGCUCAGAUAUAAUGACAUCUCGCCGUUGGAGAAUCAUCAUUGCUCGAUUGCAUUCCGCCUGCUGGAGCAUCCCGAGUGCAAUAUAUUCAAGAACUUUAGCCGGGACACAUUCAACACCAUACGGGAGGGCAUCAUCCGCUGUAUCCUGGCCACCGAUAUGGCGCGCCACAACGAGAUCCUCACGCAGUUUAUGGAGAUAACGCCCAUCUUUGACUACAACAAUCGUGCGCACAUCAAUCUGCUGUGCAUGAUACUCAUCAAGGUGGCGGACAUCUCGAACGAGGCACGGCCCAUGGACGUGGCUGAACCCUGGUUGGAUCGCUUGCUCCAAGAGUUCUUUGCACAGAGCGCCGCCGAAAAGUCCGAAGGGCUGCCGGUGACACCGUUCAUGGAUCCCGAUAAGGUGAGCAAGCCCGGCUCCCAGGUGCGCUUCAUUGGGCUCGUCCUAUUGCCGCUCUUCGAGGCGCUCGGCGAACUGGUGCCGGAGCUAACGGAGCUGAUUAUCAUACCCGUGCGCAUUGCACUGGAGUAUUACAGGCGACUCAACGAUGCGCAGACAAAGACGCGCAAAUCCGUGGCAGACAGCAACGCCUCGGCCACAUCCGAUAGCAACAGCGGCAACAUGGACUCGAACGCGGCCAUGGUCAGCACGCCGGGCAACAGCACGGCUGAUAAAUUAUUGAUGGACAAACAAGCGACAGGCCCAACUGCUGGCUCUGGUGCCGCUGGCGGCGGAGGUGGAGGCGGUAGCAGCUCACCCCAAAUGCCACGAUCCGGUUCAGGCAUCAGCGUGAAGUCGCGCCGCAGCAUACCCUCACAGAAGUCCGCAUCGCGCACAUCUGUGGAUGAGCCAGGCGGCAUGGCCGCCGAACUGCACGAUCUGCCCGAGGGCAGCGAAAGUGGCGACUCUGAAACGGCCACCGAGGUGGAUGUGGCCGAGAAGACAUCUAAAUUCAAAGUGGACACAGAGGGCUGCAGCAAUCGCAGCAAAUCCUCGCACUCCACCUCGCGCAAAUCGUCGCGCGAGAAGCGUCCCUCGAUGAUUGGCGAACUUUGCAGCAGCGGCGGUGGCCAGCGCAUGCGCAACUCCUAUGGCAACAUCCAUGGCUAUCAUGCCAAUCGCUGUCAAUUUGGCAGCAAUCGCGCCGUCAGCCUCGACCAGUACAGCACCAAUAAUCGUCGUCUGUCCGAUGGCCUGCCGCAGGUCAUCUCCGACAGCAAUGUGUUUUAUGGACGCCACAAUCGCAACAGCCUGGAGCAGCAGCUGGCACAGCGGGCCGCUGGGCGUGCCGCCGAGGACCUCAACAUGAACACUAGCAACAACCAGGCGCCAGUGGCACCAGUGCUCCAGCAGCCGCUCUUGCAGCAAUCGUUGCUGCCUACUGCACAGCAGCUGCAACAGAUGCAGCAGCAGCAGCAGCAGCAGCAAGAGAAGGAUAAGGAUAAGUUGCCAGCCACAGCAGCUCCAACAGCAACAACAACCACCAAAGCAGCAACUGUUGCUGCAGCUACCACUAAUGGCAACAUAUCGCCGACGCUCAACCAAACGCUGGCCAGCAAUGGUAGCGCCGCAACUGCAACUGCAACUGUUGCCGACGAGCAGCAGCAGCAACAGCAGCACCAGCAACAGCAGCAGCAACAGCAGCAGCCCGGGGGCAGCAACAGCAGCAGCUCAUGGAAGUCGCGUUUGCGUCAAUUUUCAGACUACUUUACCUUCAGCUUUGACAAGGGUAACAAACGCUUUGGCAGCACACGCAGCAGCCCUUGCGCCGUCCGCGGCAACAACAAUGCGCCGGCCAACGACAGCAGCAGCAACAAUACCGACAACAACAGCGCCGACAAAGUACAAGUGGCAGCCACCUGUUGCACCAUUUCGAAUAGCCUGCCCUCGCCAGGCGUCCAGGCUGUCGGACCAGGCAUGGCGGUUGGCGUGGCCAGGCAUCGGGCCUACAGCCUGGACGUGCCCUGCAGCCGACAUGCCGCAACACGCUACUCAUCCGCUGACAGCAGCAGCCGCAAAUCGUCGCGUCACGACGAGCAAAACAACAGCAACAAUAGCAACAACACGCUCCACAGCGGCAGCGGCAUCAUCGGCGAACUAUCCGGCGUACGCAUACGGAUUGGCAGCGCCGAGGAUGGCGGCAGUGAGUAUGCAUCUGGUGCUGUUGAUGCUGCUGGCGGUGUGGCUGGUGAUGCUGGUAGCGUUGUCAUCGAGCCACCAAGACUUUUGCCCCCCAGCAUUAGCUGUGAGCUGGGUUUGGCCAGUGGCUCCUCGUCGGAGGCGGUGCCAAAGAUUUGACAACAGGGGAGCUCCGAUACGACAAACACAAAUACAAAUAAUUCGCUCUGCAAUCAGGCGGCGUUCCACACGGCCGAAGCUGAGGCAAUCGUCAAUGAUAGCGACGAUGCGGACGGCAGCAGUGAGGCGGAUGCACUGCACCAGGACAGCUCCAGUUGCGAGGUAUCAUCGAUGACGAUGACCGUGUGGUCGGCCAUUGGCCAUCGGCUCAAUGCGCUCGUCUGCCAUUGCUGUGAGCGGAAGUUGCCCGAGCCGGAGAAUGUGUAAGAAGGAGACGCCAAAUAUAGUUAGCUGAAACGGAAACGAAAAUGAAUCACACACAUUGCCAUUGCUAUCGAUAAUCGUUUAUCGAUACCAUGCCACUAAUCGCCUAUCACCAAUACACAUGAGUAAUAAUUUAUUGAGUUUAGCUUAUCGGUAAUCGUUGGUCAAUAACAUGCAUCAUCUAUCGCCUAUCGGUAGCAUAUCUACAUUAACGUUUGACAUCCAUCGAUAAUACAGCAACAAUCAUUUAUCAUCUUUUGAUGACACACCAUA